AUGUCUUCGCUACUGGAGUACCGACCUCUAGCGGAGAAAGAGUUUCGGCUGCUAAUCCUCAUCCCUGCCGUAUCAAUAACCGCCCCACUGCGAGUGCACGUCUUCCACGACAAUGUGGAACACCCAGAAGCAUCCUACGCCGCACUUUCGUACACGUGGGCGUCCAAGCUAGAAGGCAACGACGACAACGAUGAUUUGCUCGAAUCCGUGGAUGUGGACGGACACGAGACGUUCCUCCACCAGAACCUAGCCAAAGCACUGCGGUCUAUCCGUCUCGAAGUCCCGCAGUGUAUCUGGGCGGACGCCCUGUGUAUAGACCAGAACAACAUACCUGAGCGCAACAUCCAAGUCACGCUCAUGCGGCAAAUCUUCUCCAACGCGACGAAUGUGUGGGCGUGGCUGGGUCCGCCUGCUAAAGGCAGUAACCUGGCCAUGGACUUUCUCGCCAACCUAGCUAGUCGUUCCGAAGAAGAGGGCAUCGGACCGUGGCUUGGAAACGAAGGCAUGCAUCCGGAUACAUACCCCACAUGGGAAGGCCUACGGGCGCUAAUGGCGCGAAACUGGUGGAAAAGAGCAUGGAUAGUACAAGAGUUCGCCCUAGCCAAAGACGUAGUCUUCAUCUGCGGCACGCGUCGCCUCUCCGCCGACGCCCUAGAAGCAGCCGACCACCUCAUCUUCAUGGAAUUCACGCCCUCAAAGAACGAGCGCGUCACCGCUCUCACACGAGCCGUAGACAUCAACCCGCGCGUGCUCGACCCAGCCCGAAACCUAAUGAACCUACGCCGGCGUCUGCAAGAAGGGGAGCAGCUUUCCGCCUUGGCCACACUGCAGAUGACUAGACUGACCAACGCGACGGACCCGCGGGAUCACCUAUUUGCCAAGAUUGGACUCAGUGGACGCGAAUUAAUUGAGUUGUGUCCGCCGGAUUACGACGCCAAGGCCGAGGACAUCUGGUUCAUGUUCCUCAAGGAGUUUAUCAAGCAGAAGCAAGAUCUCUAUGUCGUUUGCCUCGCGGGUAUGCAACCGAGGGCGUAUCAUGCGCUCCCUUCUUGGCUCCCGGAUUGGGGGCCUUCGAAACCGCAGUAUAUGCUUACUUCGCUGUACACGGGGAAGCAGUGGCCGUUCUUCGAUGCGGCGGGUGGCGCGGCGGCUGUUGCGACUAUUUCGAGCGAUAGGAUCGAACCUGGCAUCUUUCUGAGGUGUAAAGGAAUCGUCAUCGACACGGUAGAUGGCGUCGCAGGCGAUCCAUGGUGGACAGAAAAGCCAACAUCUCUCCGCCAAUCUCGAUGCAAGAAAAACGCGUACGGAACACAAAUCGCUGCGUUUGAAGCGUUGGUCAGGACAGUGACUGCGAAUACGAAUCGCAUGGGUGCGUGGGGCGCACCUCCUCCUGAAUUCAAAAUCGUCUUCGCGAAACGGUGGCAUGAGCUGAGGGACACGACGGCACCGUAUGAAGCUGAUGAAUCUCUUGUUCGGCCUCUUCCCUUCUACAUGCGAGCAUCAGGUUUCGAGCGUGCGUGGCGCAGUAUGCGAAACCUGAAGCUGGAUGGCGUCUCGUUACAUGAGCACGUCGAGGCUGGUUUGGUAGAUGCACAGAAGAAAGCGCAGGCGUCGAGUUCCCGAGACGGCUCGGGAGAAAGAGGGGGAUUUGAUUUCUCGGUCUCGGCGCCGUUUCAUCCGUUGUGGACUGCGCUCGAGCAUAGUGCUGGGCAGGUCUGCUAUGAGAGAGCCUGGGGAUAA